CGCUGGGGGCCGGGGGGGGCCGGAGCUAGGGACCGAGCGUGGGACCUUGCCGCCGGCCGGCGCGCCUUCACACCUUCACGCGGUCUCGGGGAGGAUAACGCUGUGAACAGGCGCCGCGCUGGCCGACCCAGCUGGAACUGCGCACACCGGCAGGGACUGCGUGCGCCGCCGGAGGCGUCGCGCGGGGCUCGGGCUGGGGCAGCGGCCAGGAUCCUCUCCGGCUGCUGGGUUUUUACUGCUGCAGAAGGGAUUGGAAUGAUGUGAGCAGCUCUCCAAGAAGUUCCACUUGACCAUAACCUCCAAAAGGUCUUUUAAAGCCCAUCUCAUUUCAGUGUGACCUCUCUUGCCACUUGAGAAGAUGAUGUGACAGUUCCCACCAAGGAUUUUUCAGAAACUUAAAAUAUCCGUGAAGAAAGUGGCCCUUUCCCCCUUUGACAAAAUAGACAUUCUCCAGUUCCAAAAUGCCAGCCAAGACCCCAAUUUACCUGAAAGCUGCCAAUAACAAGAAAGGAAAGAAAUUUAAACUGAGGGACAUCUUGUCUCCGGAUAUGAUAAGCCCUCCCCUCGGAGACUUUCGCCACACCAUUCACAUCGGCAAAGAGGGCCAACAUGAUGUCUUCGGAGAUAUCUCCUUCCUUCAAGGGAAUUAUGAGCUCUUGCCUGGAAACCAGGAGAAAGUACGUGCUGGCCAGUUCCCUGGGCAUGAAUUCUUUCGAGCCAACAGCACCUCAGACUCUAUGUUCACAGAAACGCCCUCCCCGGUGCUCAAAAAUGCCAUCUCCCUCCCAACCAUUGGAGGCUCCCAAGCACUCAUGCUACCCUUAUUGUCACCGGUGACAUUUAAUUCCAAACAGGAAUCAUUCGGGCCAGCCAAGAUGCCCAGGCUUAGCUGUGAGCCCGUCAUGGAGGAAAAAGCUCAGGAGAAAAGCGGUCGAUUGGAGAAUAGGACGAUCCACCAGGGAGACACCUCGUGGGGCUCCAGUGGAUCUGCCUCUCAGUCCAGCCAGGGUAGGGACAGCCACUCCUCCAGCCUGUCCGAACAGUACCCCGAGUGGCCAGCCGAGGACAUGUUUGACCACCCUGCCCCCUGCCAGCUCAUGGAGGGAAAAACUAAAUCCGAGGAGUCCCUCUCCGACCUCACGGGUUCCCUCCUCUCCCUACAGCUCGACCUUGGGCCCUCACUUUUGGAUGAGGUGCUAAAUGUCAUGGAUAAAAAUAAGUAACACGAUGCCAGCUCUUGGGGGUAAAAGGUACCAAAACCAAUACAUAACAAAAACAGACUAAGUGAACCAUCAUCGAAGAGAAGAGCAUUUCUGUCUGUACUUGGAGUUGUGUAGUGGGUUUUCUAAAAUAACGUUCCUACAAAGUAUUUUUUUACCUGUUAUGCCCUGUUUGCAAAAACGAUUUAGGGGGAAAAAAAAUGAAAAAUUCCUGACCUGGCAAAAGAGGAAGUGAGUCCGUCAGCCUGUUUUCAGCAGGCAUUGCCAGUGUUCAGUUCACAAUUUUUGUUUGCAGACAUGUAAGAAAUCUGGCUUGGUCAGGAUUGACUCUAGCUAGGAAGGACUGCAUAAGUCUUAUUAAGGAAAUUUACAGUACUCUGGCAUUUCCUGGGCAAGAGGACAUCAACAUUUAUUUAACACCUAAGCCUUUUUUCUAGACUCUUUUCUAUAUUAUAUUGUUUGGGCUCACCAUCGCAAAUUCUCCAGUGUUAAGACUUUUCUCUGUUUUCACAGUUGAACAACUUUGUAUGGGUUUGGGGAUUUUCUUGUAGUUCUUAUAUAUCCCUAUAUAUUGUAUCUUUAUCACUGAAUUUUGACCGUCAGCUGUCAGCUACAUGUUGGUAAGACACAAGCAAAGUAUUACUGUAACUAAGUUAUUUUUAAAGUUAAAAUAUAUUUUUAUGUGCCUUUGGCAUUUGAUUGCAGAGUCUACAUUUUAUAGAUAAUACAUCACAUGUCAUUUGACUUGUUUUCAUUGGGUUUCAUUGUAAGCUGUGUACAUGUGUGCUUGGAAAAGUGUAUUCUUAAUUAGCUCUAUUAUUUUUUCUUUAUCUGUUAUCAUAUUCUAACAGCAGCCAACAAAGGAUUGUAAAGUGUAAAGGCGCAGGUUAUUCAUGAUGCUUCUGCAGAGACUGUGGGCUACACCACAUAAUGUUAUUUGAAAAUAUGGGUAUUUUAGUGCAGUACAUACUUGCGUUACAUAGGUACUUCAUGCAACACAAUAAAGAGUAAAUGUUAAAACAA